AUGUCGACCCCCAACGCACCGAACGCCGCCAAACACCCUGCGUCCCAGCAGGCCCGCACGCCUUCCCAAGUUCCCGGCGCGACGCCCUCUCAGCUAGCUGGCGCAACACCACCAGUCUCGACGCCAUUUUCCAACUCGGCACAUGCAGCCUUCUCACCUCGCGGGGGGCCUAAUAAGACAUCGCCCCAGCAGUUUAAGAAGUCACCAGCUGUGAGCUUACUGGGUCAAUUACCGCACAACCUUGCAUUCGAUAGUCCAUCUACGGCAGCUGCGCUUGGCUUGGGCGGCCCCGCGAACAUGCCCACCCACGAGGCCAUGGAGGGGUUCCAGGACAUGAGGUCCAUCACGAGGGACGACGAUAAGCUUAACAGGCUAGAGGCCAUUCUCGAGGUACUCGGUAAGAAGAAAGGCUUCGUUAGCGAGGCCGGCUUGGAACGGCUAGCUCAGCGAUACGGAUUCGAAUGCCUUUCAGAGGACGACACGGCACCGGACGGGCGAAAGGUACGGAUGCUCAUUAUAGCAGGAUCGAGCACCUCCAUCGAGAUCACAAUGGACAACAACAUUGUUCACAGUGUCAAUCUUACAUUCCCCGAGUCUUCAGAAGCAGUUGUUCAAUGCAUGGAACCGGCGGGCAAAAUCCUGUUGCAAGAUUUGAUGCUUGCCCCCAAUCAAAGCCCAUUGACAAAAACGCUUGACAAAUUCGCACUCAACCUUGAGCGUUUGACUACGCUAGACAAGCUCAGUAUCAUGCCUGCCUUUGACUGUCGCGCUGCCAUAGCAGGGUUACACGCCAGUCUACAGGCUUUGCACGACUGGGAUUUAGUAAGAGCACGGGAAGAAGGGUCCUCGGCCGAGGUCGCGCUCUCCAGAGUCAUCUGUGCCAAGCAUGGAGCGCCCGUCAUGCAUGCCCACGAUCGGGUCGGGCUUUCGUUGCGGUAUUGGAAGGAAAUGGGGCAUCUCGCUUCCCAAAAAUACCACAAGACAUGGCAGCUCGAUAUCAGCUGCUGCCCACUGCCGCCGCCGCUCGAUCCAAUGCAUCCAUUUCCCUCGGCGCGGGUGUCUGACCAAUGGCUGGGCAAGGACAUUGUGCGGGAUGAUGGGAUGGGUGGUGAUGCCAAGUCCUUCCCAUUGGACUGGCAAGAGCCGGAGCACGUGUCUUUACCGGCUUCUGACGAGACGAAGAACAACUCAGUGCCCAUGUUCGAGGGCGACAUACCGACGGGUGGGCCUCCUCAAGUCUCAUUUCUCAUUAGCUUUGAUCCGCCCAUCGUGCUGUCAUCGCCUGAUGCGGCUCGCUUAUACACAUACACGGGGGCGCCAUUGCCAAGUCCUCCGCCGCAAACAACGUUUGAUCAUAUUGUCUUCCCUAUACCGGCUGGAUCAUUGCAAGACGACCCAAGCGAGAACCGCGUCAUCCAGCGCCAACGUGAAGUAUCCGUCAUGGACAAGAAGAGUCAGUUUUCCGAAAAGACACACCUCAACUCAUUGUAUGUGUACAAGCACAUCUACUCGAUGGAGGUGAAGGAAAUGGUCUUCUCCCAUCCGAAACAGCUGAUCGACAUGCUACCUCUCCUGAGACAGUGGGCUUUCACAUCGGUGCUCCUCGAAAACAGCUUUGGCAAGGAAACAAAGGAAGCAAAUCUCCCCAAGACGGCUGCCGCGGACGGCGACAGCGAGCAGGAUCAGCUCUCUGCUUUCUUGGGCUUGACCAAGGCAACCAAGCCAUCGGCCAGCGCUUCUGCUGCGGUCGACCUAAGCAUCGACGUUAUCAUCUGGGUUCACCCCAUUCCUCACUUCCAGGUCAAAUUUCCAUUCAAGGACCAAGGGGCGAACAUCACUCUCCAGAUAUUGGAGAACGGUGUCGUUGACGUGACCGACGAGAAUAUCCUCGCCCAGACCGACAAUGACCGCGUCACCAAAGAAAUCCUAGGGAAGGUACUGGAGCAGAUGCAAGACCUGUGCAAGUGGGUGGAAUGGAUACGCUCAAGGCUAGGUUGA